CAAAAAGGCCAAAGCUUUGAGAGAUAGGGUGACAAAAUGAGAAGCCUGACGCUCUCAGAGAGCGUUUUGGGUGCACAUUCACCGUUUAAGCCACCCAAUAAGCCAUUGUGUUCUUCUUGCUAUUUGCAGUCAUUCAAGGUUCGGUCUAAGAAGCAAUAUCUUCAAAACCCAUGUAUUGUUUCAUCAAGGUAUUCAAGUAUGAGGUUUGCAAACAAAUGUGAUGAAUGGUUCGGUCGCAUUUUACAAGCUUCUGAUAAUUUGGAUGGCAUUGAGCUCCGCGAGGGUAAUUCCAAGAGAUGCAGGGUGAUCAGAGGACCAACGGGUACCGUGGAUGAUUCUGUUGCUUUAGAUGAAGCACCUAUGUCCACUCAUUUGUGGAAGGCUAUGCUGCUAUUUGGGUUUCUUACGCUCCAAGGCUCAGAGCCGGCACUUGCUCUUCCUGAUCUUGCUAGUGUGUUGCAGUCAGUUCCGUUUCUGGAGGACCUUGGCGAUAUAAGCACAGGUUUUGCUUCAGCCUUCUUGCUGAUUUUUUUCUCAGAACUAGGGGACAAGACCUUCUUUAUUGCGGCACUUUUAGCAGCUAGGAAUUCUGCUGCUGUUGUUUUUGCUGGGACUUUUAGUGCACUUGCGGCAAUGACCGUCAUAUCUGUUGGUCUUGGGAGAACUUUUCACUACGUUGAUGAAAUCCUACCAUUCAGGUUUGGCGACACUGAUUUACCCAUUGAUGAUAUUGCUGCAGCUUUACUUUUGGUUUAUUUUGGGGUUUCAACCUUGCGAGAUGCCGCCUCAAGUGAUGGUAAAGCAGAAGAUGAACAGAGGGAGGCAGAGCUAGCUGUUUCAGAGUUUACAGGGAAUGGUGCUGGAAUACUAGCUGCUGCUAGCACAGUCAUUAGCACUUUUGCUUUAGUUUUUGUUGCUGAAUGGGGAGACAAAUCAUUUUUUUCUACAAUAGCACUUGCUGCUGCUUCUUCACCCCUUGGAGUCAUUGGAGGAGCAUUAGCUGGUCACGGUGUUGCAACUUUGCUUGCAGUGCUGGGAGGCUCUAUACUCGGCACAUUCUUAUCAGAGAAGACUAUUGCCUACGUCGGAGGUGUUCUUUUUCUCGUCUUUGCUGCUGUAACAGUGGUAGAGAUAGUUAAAAUCACCUCAAGAAUGGCCACCAUUGCUAAGUCGCUUGCUUUGAUUGUCCUCUUCAGUCUAACUAGCAAAGGGUUUUGUGACAAAUGUGUUUUGGGCAACAUUGAGAUCGGUACCAGCCGGAGUGGAGCCGUGGUUGCCGGCAAACCGGAAUGGAACGUGGUUGUGAAAAACAACUGCCAAUGUACUCAAUCGCUGAUAACGGUGAGCUGCCAAGGAUUUCAGUCAUCGUCUCCGGUUGAUCCAAAGAAACUAACGAAGCAUGGUGACAAGUGCAUCAUCAACAUGGGGAAGCCCUUGCCCGGCUUUGCUUCUGUGUCAUUCUCUUAUGCUUGGGAUCCUCCCUUCAAUUUAGUGCCUGUGUCGUCUGUCGUCAUCCCUUGUUAA